UCUUUGUUCGCUUUUCUUUUAAAGCAAUCUCAUUUACUUCUUUAGCAGCGCAUCAAGCCAGUCCCAGAUCCAGUACAUCGUCAAUUGCUUGGUGCUGUUCUUACAGGAAAAACAUUUAUUUGAUCAAAGGAUUGCAACAAAGAUGUUGAAAGUCACUUUUCCGCUUCUAACUUUACUACUAAUUGAAGUGAAUAAAACAGAGACACAGAGAGGUGUGUCUAUAAACAGUGUUAAAAUACUUCAUGAUCCUAACGAUCAAAGAAAUAUUAAAGAGGGAAGCAAAAUUACCCUGACUUGCUCUGGAAACAUUGUGACACUUCCUGGUCAAACAUCUCAGGUUUUGUACUUAUUUUAUAAGGGACAAAACAAAGAUAUCCUGCUGCAAAAUGGUACAUCUGAUAGGAAAGAUUCCCAGUAUACAAUACAAUCAGCUCGGGCAUCACAUUCCGGAUACUAUUGUUGUGUCAUGGAAGCAGGAAGUGAAAGGAGAGAAAGUGAACCCACAUUUCUAACAGUGCAAGGAAACUUACAGGCGCCUGUACUCACCAUACAUCCAAUAAAUGUGACAGUGGGAGAUUCAACUGAGCUACGCUGUACAUCUGAAGAAAUUCCUCCUCUUACAUUCAUAUUCUACAAAUAUAAAGAUGGACAAAAAUCAUACCGCUUCCAUGACAUAAAAAGCAAUAAUGAUUUUUCAAUGUAUCAACUGAAAGUGACAGCAGCUACAGAAAAAACCUAUAGCUGUGCUGUCCAAGGGAAUGGCCCCCUGAUUGAAUCAAAGCACAGUGAAAUAGUACAAAUUAUUGUACAAGAUCCAUUUUCAGAUCCUGUUUUUGAAAUUGAACCGUCAGAUACAAUAUUUGAAGGAGAUAUUCUCACCAUUAAAUGCAAGGUUAAUUUUUUACCUUUGUUUCAUGGUAUACAACCUAAAUUAACCAUUGUGAAGGAUACAACUGCAAUACACAUAAAAGAUAAUGCUACCACAGUAUUUUCUAAAAGAGCAACUGCAAAUGAUGCAGGAGAAUACAAGUGCAUGGCAGAGUGGAAGGAUGUUUUGAAAAUUACAAUGAGACAAGUGAAUGUGACAGUACCAGUUUCCACACCAACUUUAAUACCAACACCCACUGGUGAUAAUGUGGUGGAAGGUGGUAUUUUGAAUCUUUCGUGUGCUGUGUUGAAGGGAUCUUAUCCAAUAACUUACAAGUUUUACAAAGCUACAUCAGAAACGCCUUUACAUCAAAUAACGUUAAAUGCUACUACAGCAGUCCAUCGUAUUAUCUCAGUUAAUAAUGAAAACAAUGGAAAGUAUUCCUGUGAGGCAUCAAAUACUGCAAAUCAAAAACCUCGAACAAAAAAGAGUCAAUAUAUUAUCAUAACCGUAAAAGUUCCAGUAUCCAGCCCAACAAUAAAACGCAACCCUUUAAAAGAUGUAUAUAAAACAGGAGAAUGGGUAACCCUGCUUUGCCACUCAACCACUGGAAGCAUUCCCAUAACUUAUUCAUUGUUCUUAAAUAAAAGACUCAUCUACUCAGUCUCAAUGUCUGAUACAGAGCCUGCAGCUUAUAAUGUGCUCAUAAAUGAAACCAAAGAUGGCGGGGAGUACAAGUGCAAAGCUGAGAAUGAAAUUCCAAACUUGUUCAAAUACAGUAAAGGAAUGAACUUUACAGUAAAAGUUCCUGUAUCCACACCACUGUUUUAUCCUUUGUUGAACUCCACCGAGGUGAAGUUAGGAGAAACUGUGACACUGCACUGCAUAUCAAGCACAGGAACUCUUCCAAUCACUUACACGCUGUAUCGGAAUCAAUCAAGUCUCCAAUCAGUCUCUACAACUCAGGCAAUACUAGCAGUUUUUAACAUAAGAGUGGAGAUAAUGGAGCAUUCCGGAGAGUACAGAUGUAAAGCUGAAAACCAAAUUUCUUCACAAUGCAGUAACGGAAUAUCAUUUCAUAUUUUAAGUGCUCAAUGGUGGAUAUAUGCAUUGGCCCUAGUUUCAGUGGUGUCAAUAGCAAUAGUAAUAACAGUGUUAUGCAUCCGAUAUCAUAAACAGCGGUCCAAGAAUAAUAAAGAUAAAAACCAAGUAGAUGAAAGCUAUGAAACAUGUCAGAUAGGAUCCUUGCAACAUAACCAAGAAGCUGAUUCAGACAGGGAUCACGAAGUGGACUACACUAACAUCCGGGCACUUAAAAGAAAUGGUGAUACACUUACAAGAACUGAUUCUGAAAGUGAUUGUGAAGGAGACUACACCAAUGUGACAACAAAAAGAAAAGCUGCCAAUACUCACAGUGAUUCCUCCUCUGAUGAAAACAAUGAAGUUUCAUAUACUCAGCUUGAUUUAGCACAACCGCAGAAUAGCAAUAUGCCUCAAAAACCAGGACCUACAAUUUAUGCCUCUAUUCUUUUCAAUAGUUACGGUGCGGGAGUCCUUGAAAAGUCAGAAUCUUAGACCCAUGACAGUAUUUUACUAAAUGGACACACAAUUCAUUUUGAAGCCAGUAAACCAAUAAGUUGUAAGUAGCUAAAAUUAAAGCAAAAUGUUGCACAUGUUGGAGAUCACAAAUAAAAACAGAAAGCACUAUGAAAACUCA